AUUGCAUUAAUAAGAUACAGUAUAUAUUUCAGCUAUAAUUUGCUCUUAUACACAAGAAGGAAGACUUGAAAAUGGCCUCAGGAACUAAAGAAAACGUUUCCGGAUUCAUUAUCCAAGGGUUCUCUGAUACUCCCAGGUUUCAAAUCUCUUUUUUUGUUCUAUUCCUUGGAAUCUAUCUCAUCAUUCUGCUGGGAAAUCUCAUAAUAUUCUUAGUCAUUUCAUGGAAUCCUCACUUACACACCCCCAUGUACAUAUUCUUGCAGAUCCUUUCAUUCAUAGAUAUUUCUUUCACCUCAACUACUUUACCAAAUUUUCUACAUAUUCUUCUCACACAACAAAAUAACAUUUCAUUCUUGGGGUGUAUGACUCAAAUGUAUGUUUUUGCAUCCGUGGCUUCCAGUGAAUAUUUUCUCCUGACGGCCAUGUCAUAUGAUCGUUAUGUUGCCAUCUGUGAUCCCCUUCAUUACAUUACCCGAAUGAGCCAGAAACAUUGUGUUUGGCUUAUAACUGCCACAUUCACUGCUGGGUUUGUUCAACCGGUCAGCCUUGUUGUCCUUAUAUCUAAACUGUCAUAUUGUGCUUCCCAUCUUAUUAACCAUUUUUUCUGUGAUGUCACACCAUUGCUAACACUUUCCUGCAGCAGCACUUUUAUUGUGGAACUUUUCAUUUAUAUUGAAGGGACAUUUCUUACUUUCAAUUCCUUCCUCCUUACUCUGAUCUCAUACAUAUUUAUCAUCUCUGCUAUCCUGAAAAUACAAACUUUAAAGGGGCGACAAAAAGCCUUUUCUACCUGUGCUUCUCACCUGACCUGUGUGAUAAUCCUUUAUGGGACAGUACUUUGCUUGUACAUGAGACCCACCACAAGUUAUUCUCUAAAAAGGGACAAGCAUUUCUCUCUGUUGUACAUUAUCCUGGGCCCUGUGCUGAAUCCUCUAAUUUACACACUAAAAAAUACAGAAUUUCAAUCUUCUUUUACUAAAGUAAGGCAAAGAUUAGGGAUGUAG